AUGGCUGUCAACGUCCUUGGAAUAAUUGUGAUGGUGUUUCUCUACUUGCUGGUGCUUGGAGUCGGCAUAUGGGCUUUUUUCAAGUCCAAAAAGAAGAGGGACAAAUGUCCAGGGGAGAGUUUGGAGAUAAGUCUGCUGGGAAACAGGAGCAUCGGCAGAGUGGUGGGGAUAUUCACUACGGCAGCUACAUGGAUUGGAGGAGGCUUCGUUGUAGGGCUUCCAGAGAUCGUGUACAACCCGUCUUUGGGCUUCGUCACCGCCUGUAGCUACGUUAUAGGCAUCGUACUGAGUAUGGUGAUUGGUGGCCUUUUCUUCGCUGGGCCAAUGAGAGACAAGAAAUAUGUGACCAUGAUGGAUCCUUUCCACAUCAAGUAUGGAAAAGUACCGAUGGCCUUUUUAUCUCUGGGAACAAUGCUGUGUAACAUCCUGUGGGUGACAUCAACACUGUACGGUUUAGGUAUGUAA